GUCAUACGGCAACUCUGUUAGCAGGCAGUGCUGACGUUCAGCCAAAAAAAAAAAAACCAAGAUACGAAAAGGAAACAUACUGUCUAUCCUGCAACAGCUGCAUCCCGCUGCUGUCGGCAUACCAAUAACAACAACAACAAUUUCGCCUUACCCUCCCCCGCAAAUAAUAGAGAUAAAAUCAUGAGAAUCCUGCCCAGAUUGCCAAUCAGAAGCUGCUGCCAACAGCUGGGAAUGGUAGUGAUUAUGUUACAUACGUUGGCAGUGGUCAAUGGUUUCUACUUACCUGGCUUGGCACCGGUUAAUUUCUGUAAGAAAUCCGAUGUCUCAUCAACAUGCAAGUCGGAUGUUAUAUUGUAUGUAAAUCGUUUAAAUACAGAAGAAUCGGUUAUACCCUAUGAGUAUCAUCAUUUUGACUUUUGCCUCGGUAAAGAGGAGAAUUCACCAGUGGAGAACUUGGGCCAAGUGGUAUUUGGUGAACGCAUACGUCCUGGUCCCUAUAAUAUUCAAUUUCUGGAGAAUAUUGAGUGUGCCAAGGCCUGUACCAAGACCUACAAGGGCGGACAAACCGACAGUGAUCGUCGGAUGAUGGUGCUAAAGAAGGGAAUCAGUUUGAAUUAUCAACAUCAUUGGAUUGUCGAUAAUAUGCCAGUGACAUGGUGCUAUCAGCUUGAGAAUGGAAAGCAAUAUUGCAGCAUUGGCUUCCCCAUGGGUUGUUUGGUGCGUCAGGAUAGCGAAGGUUGUCCCAUUAAUUCGAUAUACAAUCAACCCUUGCACUAUUAUCCCUUCAAUCAUGUGGAUCUUGAGAUUACGUAUCACAGUGGUGCUGCCGAGGAAUGGGGCAGCAUGGCUAGCAGUGGUCGCAUUAUAUCGGUUAAAGUCUCACCGAAAUCUAUUAAUCACGUGGAUCCGGAGAAACCCAACUGUCAGAGCACCGAACCAUUGGCCAUUAAAGAGAGUUCCCUCAAGUCUGGCGAAACUUUGAACAUUGUCUAUACUUAUGGUGUGAAAUUCAUACUGAAUAAUAAUGUUAAAUGGUCAUCUAGAUGGGAUUAUAUUUUGGAAUCCAUGCCACAUACAAAUAUUCAAUGGUUCUCCAUAUUGAACUCAUUGGUUAUUGUCCUAUUCCUUAGUGGUAUGGUGGCCAUGAUUAUGCUGCGUACACUGCAUAAGGAUAUUGCCAGAUAUAAUCAAAUGGACAGCGGUGAGGAUGCACAGGAGGAAUUUGGCUGGAAAUUAGUGCACGGUGAUGUUUUUCGACCACCACGUAAAGGAAUGAUCUUAUCGGUAUUCCUUGGUUCGGGCGUUCAAGUGUUGGUCAUGUCUAUGAUAACAUUGGCAUUUGCUUGCCUCGGUUUCUUGUCACCAGCCAAUCGUGGUGCUUUGAUGACUUGUUCCAUGGUGUUGUUUGUGUCACUGGGCACGCCAGCUGGUUAUGUUUCGGCCAGAAUUUACAAGAGUUUCGGUGGCGUCAAAUGGAAGAGUAACGUCAUCUUGACCUCCAUUGUGUGUCCAGGAGUGGUCUUCUCCCUAUUCUUUGUAAUGAAUCUGGUUCUGUGGGGUGAGAAUAGCUCCGGAGCUGUGCCUUUCAGUACAUUAGUUGCACUGCUGGCUCUUUGGUUUGGUGUCUCUGUGCCCCUAACAUUUGUGGGUGCCUACUUUGGUUUCCGCAAGCGCGCCCUCGAGCAUCCAGUACGUACAAAUCAAAUACCUCGACAGAUUCCCGAUCAAUCCAUCUAUACACAACCCAUUCCUGGCAUUGUGAUGGGCGGAGUUUUACCAUUUGGCUGCAUAUUCAUCCAGCUCUUCUUUAUCUUGAGCUCAUUGUGGUCGAAUCAAAUGUAUUAUAUGUUUGGAUUCCUUUUUUUGGUCUUUCUUAUACUGAUCAUAACAUGCUCGGAGACAACCAUAUUGCUAUGCUAUUUCCAUCUAUGCGCCGAGGAUUAUCAUUGGUGGUGGCGCUCAUUCCUAACGUCUGGAUUUACUGCUGUCUACUUGUUCAUCUACUGUUGUCACUAUUUUGUGACAAAACUUUCGAUCAAGGAUAGCGCAUCGACGUUCCUAUACUUUGGUUAUACGGCCAUUAUGGUAUUCUUAUUCUUCUUGCUGACGGGAACAAUUGGAUUCUUUGCGUGCUUUUGGUUUAUACGAAAAAUCUACAGUGUGGUUAAGGUCGAUUAGAUUUUUAGAUUUUACACCACAAAACUUAACACUUAAGCAAAAUGUGUGUGUGCGUGCGUGUGUGUGUGAUUUCUGCGACAGUAAGACAAAAUGUUUUCUGUACAUUAUAUUGUAAUUGAAGUAUAUAUAUAUAUAUAUAUUUGCAUAUAUGUCUAUAUAUAUAUGUAGGUAUAUAUGUAUAUAAUAUGUUGUAGUACGAAGCGCGCAAUAAUCUUUAUAUAAGAGAAAAUGGGUAAAAAAAAGAAAAAUAACCCAAUUUGUAUAGUUCACACUUUUCAUUCUUUAUUAUUCUUUAGGCCCUAAAGGUUAGCAAUGAAUGUGUCCAUUUCAGAGAGAAAGAAAAAAGUUAUAAUCAUAUUCGUAAGAAAAACGAUAAAAAAACAAAAACUGUAUUCAAGUUAUAUUCUGCUCCUAUCAUUAGAUUCGCCUCAACUCAAUUUAUAGACUCGAGUUUCUGACCUUAAAGUACUUUUAUGUAUUUUGUAAUAUCCCAUAGAGAGGCCUGUCUAAUUAAAAUUAUUUAGUUUCCUUUUUUCUUGCAGUUUAAAAUGUGUAAUAUUUCUAAAUAAUUAAGUUUAACUAUUUAAAUCUAACUUGGAAAACAAAAACUACAAUAAAAUAAAUUAUAAAAUAAUA